AUGAUAAAUAGAAGUCCUCCAUCCCGGGAGUUGUACCCUGACAACAACAACAACGGGCCUGACAAUCACCAUCCCAACCAGGACACCUCGUCCUCGUCAUCCUCAUCGUACCUCCUCCACCGAGCAGUGCCCACCGGCCAGGUAAUCACCCACUGCACAACCCCCGGCAUCGUCGCCCUCACCUUUGACGACGGGCCCUACAUCUACACCAGCCAGCUCCUCGACACGCUAGCCUCCUACUCGCCCCCCAUCCGCGCCACCUUCUUUGUCAACGGCGCCAACUGGGUCUCGGGCAUCGACGACGAAUCCACGCCUUACCCAUCCAUCCUCCGUCGCAUGCUCAGCGAGGGGCACCAGAUCGCUUCGCACACUUGGUCCCACUUGGACUUGACCACGGCCACAACAGCGCAGCGCGUCGAGCAAGUCACCAAACUCGAGGAUGUGCUGCAAAGAGUGGUGGGGAUCAAGCCGAGAUACAUCCGUCCGCCGUAUGCGACUUGCGAGAACGGAUGUUUGGAGGAUCUCGAGGGGAUGGGGUUGCAUGUUGUCAACUUUGAUGUGGAUACCAAAGAUUACGAGAAUGAUAGCCAGGCGGGGAUUCAGGUGUCAGUGGACAAGUUCAAUAACGAGCUGGGAAGUAAUCCGCAGACGGACUCGGCGAUUGUCUUGAGUCAUGAUGUGCAUCGGUGGACGGUGGAGAGGUUGGUGGGGGAGAUGGUGGCCACCCUAAGAGCGAGGGGGUUUGGGACGGGCACCGUGGGCGAGUGCUUGGGAGAUCCCCAGAGUGGGUGGUAUGCUUAG